AAUAUAAUUCUGUGUUUUUUUUUCAUUCACACAGGUACUGAUGACUUCAGUAACUUUACGAGGAUUAUUUGAUUGCUUCAUCAUUUGGUAAUAAACAUUCAGUGUUUUAUCAGUGUUACUUUUCCAGAUGAUAACUUAACUGUCUCAAGAUGUCAUACCAUCGAUUUGAUCAUCACAAUCAAAAGUUUACCUUGAUUUAGCCUCACAUUAAACUGUGACCUGUUGUUUCCUUCACCAGUUUUUAUCAUCUUUGCAACACUUUUCACCGUCUUUCAACCACCUUUCUGAUCAUCACACAUACAAUCAAACACUAUGGCUCAAACUGUCGAAGAUUUAGUUUUGUUACAAGAAAUUAGCUACCCAGCUAUUCUUGAUAACUUUAAAGCAAGGUUCAACAGUGGUCAGAUAUAUACCUACAUUGGCGAAGUCUGUGUCUCUAUGAACCCUUAUCGAACUGUAAAUAUAUAUGGACCAGGAGUGGUAAAUGACUAUAAAGGACGUGAAAUAUUCGAGCGUCCGCCACAUCUAUUUGCAAUUGCUGAUGCUGCCUACAAAACAAUGAAACAAAAAAUCAAGGAUACCUGUAUAGUUAUUUCCGGGGAAAGUGGUGCCGGUAAAACGGAAGCCUCAAAGAUUAUAAUGAACUAUAUAGCAGCCAUUACCCGUAACCAGGGUGAAGUUCAACGAGUCAAGAAUGUAAUACUCAACUCAAAUUGUAUUCUUGAAGCUUUUGGUAAUGCCAAGACUAAUCGUAAUGACAAUUCAAGUAGAUUUGGUAAAUACAUGGAAAUUGUAUUUGACUUUAAAGGUGAUCCCGUUGGUGGUCAUAUAAACAAGUAUUUGCUCGAGAAAUCGCGCGUUAUCGCUCAACAUGAAGGAGAACGAAAUUUUCACAGUUUUUACCAAUUAAUCUCUGGCUCCAAUGAUCAAGCAUUAACUCGAUUGGGUUUGAAAAAAGAUCCCCUUUCUUAUCGUUAUCUAAGUCAAGGUAAAACACCAAGGGUUGUUAAUAUUGAUGAUCGAAUGGAUUUCCGUAAAGUAACAUCUGCUGCAAGUAUUCUUGGUUUCAAUGAAGAAGAAUCGGAAAUGAUUUGGAAAAUAUUGGCCUCCAUUUUACACCUUGGUAAUGUUGAAUUCAGUUGGCACGAGGAGAAGGAAGUUUCAUACAUUCAGGAUAAAAGUAAGCGUCACAUUGAGCACAUGUGUCGUCUACUGUCUAUAAAUGAAAAAGAUUUAACCGAUAGUUUGUGUCAACGGGUUAUCGCUGCUGGUGGAGAUGUAAUGUCUAAAAAGCACAACGUUUCCGAGGCCAUUUAUGGUCAAGAUGCCUUUGCUAAGGCUAUUUAUGAAAGGCUCUUUUCUUGGAUUACGGAUAAAAUUAAUGAAGCCAUUCGGGUCGAUGAACUAUCUCGUGAUCAACUUUCAUAUUGUGGUAAACGAACAGUCAUUGGUGUAUUGGACAUCUAUGGUUUUGAAAUAUUUGACAACAAUUCUUUUGAGCAAUUGUGCAUCAAUUAUUGUAAUGAAAAACUUCAACAAUUAUUUAUUGAAUUGGUUUUAAAACAAGAGCAAGAGGAAUACCAAAGAGAGGGAAUCGAAUGGAAACACAUCGACUAUUUCAAUAAUCAAAUCAUUUGUGAUCUUAUUGAAGAGCCUCAUAAAGGAAUAAUAUCAAUAUUAGAUGAAGCCUGUCUAAAUGUUGGUAAAGUAACAGAUGAAAUUUUAUUGGAAAACAUGGAUAAAAAAUUAUCAAAUCAUGCCCAUUAUGUUAGUCGGCGUCUUCGUCCAACUGACAAAACUUUGGAACACCAUCGAGAUUUCAGGAUUAAACAUUAUGCCGGUGAUGUGACGUACAGCAUAAAGGGUUUUCUAGACAAAAAUAAGGAUCCAUUAUUUCAAGACUUUAAGCGCUUGUGUUAUAAUUCAACACACCCGUUGAUUCAAUCAAUGUGGCCUGAUGGAGCUCAGCAUGUUAUGAAAGUAAACAAGCGUCCCUUCACUGCUGGUACUUUAUUUAAAGGUUCAAUGAUCGCUCUAGUGAAUACACUCAUGUCAAAAGAGCCCUUCUAUGUUCGCUGUAUUAAACCCAAUGACAACAAAUCUCCAGUUAUUUUUGAUGAAGUACGAGUACAACAUCAAGUAGAAUAUUUGGGUUUACUAGAAAAUAUUCGUGUACGUCGAGCUGGAUUUGCUUCUCGAAUGACUUAUGAUCGAUUCCUUCGCCGGUACAAAAUGGUUUCAUCCAUAACCUGGCCAAAUUAUCCACCAUCUUUAGGCUCUGAUCGUAAUGCUGUUGAACAUUUAAUGGCAGACUUUCCAGAACUGCAAAAUGAUGUUAGAUAUGGUAAAACUAAAAUUUUCAUCCGAUCGCCUCAAACAUUGAACUUCCUUGAAAAUGAAAGAAGUCGCCUAAUUCCUAGGAUCGUCAUCUUAUUGCAAAAGAUGGUGAGAGGAACUCUGGUUCGCCUUCGGUAUCGCCGUAUGAAGGCCGCAUUAGUCAUUAUUCGUUUCUAUCAAAGAUGUAGAAUACGAAAUUAUUUACUCGAGCUUCUUCAACUCUACAGUGGAGCUAAAAAUUUACCCGAUUUUGGUAAAUCAAUAACUUGGCCAACUCCCCCAUCGACACUCAAAUCUAAUCGUGGCAUUGGUAUUCUUAAACCCAUCUACGUUAAAUGGAGAGCUUACAUGAUACUGAGACAAAUCCCACGAGAAGAAUGGUCUCAGAUGCAUUUGAAAGUAAUCGCUGUGGAUGUGCUGAGAGGACGUAAAAUAGAUUGGGGUCAUGAUAAGCGUUGGGAAGGAAAUUAUUUAGCCAUGAAAAGUGAAAAUGAAACUUAUGAUAUCUUUCAAACUGUCUCCCGUAAUUUAGGGAAAGAUGCUUUUGAAACGAUCCUUUUCUCUAGUUUCAUCAAGAAGGUUAAUCGUUUUAAUAAGACUGCAGACCGUGCCUUUGUUGUUACCAAUCAAAGCAUCUACAAAUUAGAUGUUAAAUCAUUCAAACCCUUGAAAGGAGCCAUUCCUUUAUCAGAGAUAACAAGACUCAGUGUAUCACCAGGACGAGAUCACCUGAUAAUAAUUCACAUGAAAAAUGGAAAUGAUUUUGUGUUUACAUUGAUUGAUAGUGGCAAUGGGAAUCACAAUAGAAUCGGUGAAUUAGUUGCUAUUUUAUUGCGUCAAUAUUUCACAUUGUAUCGACGAAACCUGAGCGUUUCAGUAGCAGCCACAAUAAAUUGUCAGCUUGGAAGUAAACCUAAAUAUAUUACAAUCGACUCCAAUUGUACCCAGUCAACACCAGUUUUCAAGAAAAUCGCGAAAGAUAAAAUCUCAUUUUCAUGGCCUGCUCAUCUCACAAAUGUCUGAGAAAAAAGAAAAAAAUUCAUCUUUUUGUAAUUUUAAUGCAAAUUUUAAUUUUUUAACCACUUGGACGAUUAUAUCCGCCUUUUUCAUCUCCACCCACAUUAUUAUCAUUAUUAUCAACAUCAUUUUCAUUAUCCUCAUCCAUGCAAACACCAAGAUAUCAUCAUUGACAACCAUUGGCAAAGUUGCUCUUCUAUCAAGUCUUGAAUACGUUGGUUAACAACAUUUUCCCACUGAUUUACCUUCUUUGCCUUGGAAAACUUGACAAUCGAAUGAGAAGAAAUGAUUGAAAAAUCUUUGUAACUAGCAAAUUUUACACCUUGUGAUACCUGAAUGAUACGUGAAAUAAUAGUCAGAUAACUUUAUAUUUAUAGAGGCAAACAAAGUAACAAAACUCAACAAAAAAUUUAGUUUUACAAACUCUGAUAGUUGACUAAUGUAUUAAUGACGAAUCAAAUCACUGCUUAAAUCAAAAGCAAUGUUGCUGACCUUUUAAUAGUCUACAAACUAUUAUGGCUGAAACAAACAAAAACUAUCAUUUGAUAAUCUAUAACUGUAAACUAUUAAUAUAAUCAAAUAGCAAUAUUUUAUAUUGAAUAUGAUAGUCAUUUAGUGAAAAGCUGAAACUUGUCUACUUUUAUUACUUUAAUAAUAUUUUGCCCUUUUCAAUGCAAUACACAAUCAGCAAUAAUUUUGAUUAUUGCUAGUGUGCUUAUCUAAAAAUUGUAAUAAUUUAAACCCUUAACUUAAUAACAAAUAUAAAGCUGUCUGCUUGAAAGUCCUUUUAUAUCAUAUAUAUUAAAAAAUAAUAAACAGUCCCAUUCGAUUAUUCAA